AGAAACACACUUAUUUUUUAUAAACACGCAAUUUUGUUUGGUUAGUAAAGUAACGCACAAAAAUUAAUUUAAUUUUAUAAGUUAAACAAUACUCUUGGAAAAAAGCAUAACUAGCUACCAGUAACAUCGCAAUAUAAGUUAAAGCAAAGAAAUGGUUCAUUGUUGUGUUCCUGGUUGCAAGAAUACUCAUCACCACAAGAACAGAGGUUCAAAAGAUGAAUGGGGUUGUCAAUCUUCUGAUUCUCGCAGUUUUUCACUACAUGAUUUACCUAAUGAAGACAGAAUGGACAUAAGAGAACUUUGGAUAAUGGCAAUUAAUCGUACAAGUUUACCGAAAGAUGUAGCUGUUUGUUCAGACCAUUUCACAGAAGACUGCUUUGAUGAAAAAUGGGAAGAGUACAAGCGUAAAUAUGGUCCUACAAAAGUUAAGCGUAAGUUAAAAGUUGACGCUAUACCUACAAUAUUUCCUGGAAGAAUUUUUGUAAACGAAAAGGUCCAACUUAUAAAAAACAAUUGGAAAAAUAAAGUGUUACAAAAAAGAAUGGAAAUGGAAAAGAUGCGUCUUGAUAGAGAGUUUAAAGAUCGUUUUAAGUAUACUCAAACAGAUUGUGAAUGUAAAUGCAAGUGCAAGUUAAAAAAAAAAAAUUUUUCACAGCAGGUUAAUUUUCAGUUUAAAUUUAUGGAGGACGUUGGUGUACAAUUUCCUAUUGAUGUGCAUGAUUCAGUUAAUAAAGAUCAUUCAUACACACAUGGUAAAGGUAAGGUAUUAAGCAAAGAUAAUGGAAAGGUAACAGCCAGCACAAUUUCUGUUAGUGAAUCAACCCAAUUACAAACUGUUUCAACAAAUUACGUCAAAAAUUUAAUUGCCACAAAAUUGACUGAUAUAAAUGACUGUGUUAUUAAUGCACUGAAUGAAAACUCAGUUAAUUCAUUGUAUGAAAAUUCUGUAAAUGCACUGCAUGAAAACUCUGUUAAUUCAUUAUACGAAAAUUCUGUAAAUGCACUGAACGAAGGUUCUGGUAAUGCAUUGAAUGAAAAUUCUGUUGGAUCGUUGUAUGAAAACUCCAGUCAUGUGCUGAAUGAAAAUUCUGUAAAUGUAAUAAAUGAAAUCAGUGGUGCUGCAUCAGAUUCACCAAUAACAUCAAGAAAGCACAAAAUGACAAUAGAUUUAGAAAAUGAUAUUAGAAUUAAAAAAAUUAAUUUAUGCAAUGGACUUAUGAUUGAAGGCACUGAAGAUUGAGAACAGAGGAGAUUCUUUUAAGUUAUAAAUAGUUUGAAAUUAAAUUUUAAUAUUGUUUUGAUAUUUUGCGAUGGUGA